GCCUCGGGGGCAGGCCCUCGCUCCGGGUGACCCUGGUAGCCAGCGCGGCAGGUGCAGCCCAGAGGCAGCGCGUGGAGGACAUCCUGGGUGUGCAGGCUUCACGGCCCUGGGAGUUUUACCCCAGCAGCUCCUGCCGCACCGUGGUCUUCCCACUGCUGACCUCUGGCUCUACCUUCUGGUUGCUCAGGCUCUGGGAAGAGCUGGGGCCCUGGCCUGGUCUGGUGAGUGGCUACAUGCUGCUGGUGGGGCCCCGACUCCUCCUCACUAUCCUCUCCUUUGCCCUGGACUGGGCUAUGUACUAUCUGGCCCCACUGUGGGGGGCAGAUCGCUGGAAUGCCAUGUGCCUGCUGUCUGGGUCCUACGUCACCCUGGUUUUCUACACAAGGACCUUCUCCAACACCAUCGAGGGACUGCUCUUCACCUGGCUGCUGGUGCUGGUGUCCCCUUAUGUGGCAUGGAGUCCCAAAUCAAAGAAGCCCACCCCAGGUCCAUGGUGGCACAGCUGCCUUCUUGGUGCCAUCGUGGCCGCUGGCUUCUUCAAUCGGCCAACCUUCCUAGCCUUUACUCUGGCCCCCCUCUCUCUCUGGGGCAUCCAUAGGGCCUUGGAACUUGGCAUCAAGGCCUUGAUGCAGGAGGCCCUGGCACUGUUGCCAGGGGCUGCUCUUGCUGCAAUGCUGUUUAUAACCACGGACAGCUGGUACUUCUCCAGCCUCUCGAGAUCCGGUAGCCUUGUCCUCACACCUGUCAACUUCUUGUCCUACAACCUGGAUCCCCAAAACCUUGCAAGGCACGGCACACAUGCACGGCUCACUCACCUGGCAGUCAAUGGCUUCCUGCUCUUUGGGGUACUGCAUGCUCAGGCCCUGCAGGCUGCAUGGCAACAUCUCCACAGCUGCCUCCGUGCGCUCCCGCAGACGGGCUUCUUGAGGGUGCUGGGUGCACUGUCUAGUUCCAAGUCUUAUCUCCUCCUCCUCUACUUCACACCCCUGGUCCUGCUAUCUGCCUUUAGCCACCAGGAGGCCAGGUUCCUGAUUCCCCUCAUAGUCCCAAUAAUCCUGCUCUGCAGUCCACAAACCCAACCUAUACCCUGGAAGGGUGCCCUGGUCCUCUUCAAUGCUCUAGGUGCCCUCGUCUUUGGCUGCCUGCAUCAGGGAGGUUUGGUACCUGGUCUGAAGUACUUGGAGCACAUAGUCCAUGCGCCUGUCCUCCCAGGCACGACCAUCCACUACACACUUCUCUUCACUCACACCUACAUGCCUCCCCAGCACCUCCUACACCUCUCCAGCCUGGGAUCGCCUGUGGAGGUGGUGGACAUGGGUGGCGCUGAGGACUGGGUCGUGUGCCAAGCCCUGAACAACUUCAGCAGACAACCAGCCUGCCAAAUGGCUGGUGGGCCCCAGCUCUGCCGACUCUUUGUAGUAACUCCUGGGACCAACAGGCAUGCUCUGGAGAAGUGCAGUUUUCCUCUCAAGAAUGAGACUCUCUUGUUUCCCCACCUGACCCUGGAGGACCCUCCAGCCCUGUCCUCUCUGCUCAGCCGGGUUUGGAGGAACCACCUUAGCCUUCACAUCGUAGAACUGCAGGGGAAGCCUGAGGUGACAAAGGAGCUAUGGCCCAGAAGCCAGCCAUAGAAAGGAGCCACUCUACCUUCUGCACGGGCUGCUGGGCUGGGACACUGGAACAGAACUCCCCUGCCGUCUCUUCCGGGAACAGCCACGGGUGUUCCUCUAGGUGAGCCCACAUUCCUUUCCCUUAGAAACCAAAGAUCUGACCAGUCACAGUCCCAAUGCCAAGGUCCCCAAAGAAACCUGGCACACCCACUGGCACAUGUCUGUUUCCAUGCCGUCACUUCCAAUGGCUGUGUAUGUCUCAAAUAUAGAGUGCCACCCGCUCAUCGAAGAUUA